AUCCUCAUCACUCACACACCAAGCCUUCCCCAACCCCCAAAUUCCCCUUAAACAAAGAAACAAUGCCUACCUCCCUCCCCGCCCUAUCCACCCUCCCCACCCAACCCCAAGACCAACAAUUCCGCGUCCUCGACACCCUCUUCGAGCCCUCCCCGGAGCUCCACGAACUAAUGGCGCCCGUCCUCGCGCACCAAGCCUUCGACAGCUACGCGCGGUUAAUCGACGCCGUGGGCGGCCGGAUGUCGGCGCUCUCCGCGGCCAACUCGUCCAAGGACCGGGAGAUCCUCUUCGGGAUUCUGGGGUCGCAUCCUAGGCUGGGCCGGGCGAAGGCUGCGACGGAGCAUAUCAGUGAGCUAAGCGCGAAGGAACAGGCGCAACUCAAUACGGGCGCCGAGGAGCAGGCGGAACGGUUGAGGGCGUUGAACGCUGAGUAUGAGGAGCGGUUUCCUGGGUUGCGGUUUGUGACGUUUGUCAAUGGGAGGGAUCGGGAUGUGAUAAUGGAGGAGAUGCGGGAAAGGAUUGAAAGGGGAGAUGUCGAGCAGGAGGUCGAGGAGACUAUUCAGGCUAUGUGUGAUAUUGCGAAGGAUCGGGCUCGGAAGUUGGAGUAG